AUGAAAAUGAUUAAUCAUUCGAUGUAUAAAUAUUGUUCCAAUGUCACUGGUGGGAAUUCAGAUCAAUCAUUUCAACUAAUUAUACAAAUCGUACCAUUAAUAAUGUUACUCGCCCAAUUAGAACACUCAAAGAUAGUUGGUAGUGAUGAUGGUGAUGGUGGUGAUGGUGGUGAUGAUGGUGAUGGUGGUGAUGAUGAUAGUGGCUGUAGUUGUGGUGGUGAUGGUAGUGGUGGUGGCGGUAAUUGUUGUUAG